CCCAUUUGUGGAUUUUGGUUGGAGAAUAUUUUUCUGUAUUAUUUAGCCUGAUUAGAAAUUUUUAGGAUUUUUUUUUUUAAUGUGAUUGCUCUGAAUAUUGAAUUGAGAAUAGAGAUAGAUAGAACAAACUGAGUUGGUUCUGAGGUUUGUGGUGAUUUCCCCUGAUUUGUAUUUUAAUUUGAUUCUCCGAACCUUGUACAUGGCAUUUCGGCUGAGUUUGUUCUGAGGUUUGUGGUGAUUUUCCCUAAUUUGUAUUUUAAUUUGAUUCCCCGAACCUUGUACAUGGCAUUUCGGUUGAGUUGGUUCUGAUGUUUGUUUUGAUUUCCCCUGAUUUGUACAUGCAUUUGAUUCUUGUCAUCUUGUACAUAGCAUUUCGGUUGAGUUGGUUCUGAGGUUUGUUUUGAUUUCCCCUGAUUUGUACAUGCAUUUGAUUCCCCUGAUCUUGUACAUGGCAUUUCAGUGGGACAGCAAUGGCAUUUCAGCUUUGUAAAUUUUUUGGGGCUUAUUUGCAUUCUUUAGUACUCUAGAAAGAGAUUGCUUAACAUUAGUAUUCGGAGCUAAUCAUCUUAAUUACGCCAGUGAUGUUGAAUUUGUAUAAAAACCAGUUGGCCUGAAAAGUUACCCUUUGAAAUAAGAUGAUAUGAUAGUUGAGCUGAGUUAUUAAAAUCAACUGCCUCUUUCAAAGGCUUGUGCCAACUGGGGAAGGGAAUCAACAAAGCCAACACACUUGCCAACUAAACAUAUUCUUAUGGUGUGCUGACAUUCAAUGUUGUUUUGUUUUGUUUUUUCAGGCUUAUUUGUUUUUGGGGCUUUUUUGUUUUGUUUCUGUACUGCCUUGUUUUUUGGACAUUUAAUAUGUUAAGUAUUGAAUUGCUAUGCCAUGUUUUUGUAUGUCAUUUGAGCAAAGAUGCACAACAUGGAAAUGCAUGCCUUUAGACUAGAUGCACAUCACUUGCAUUCAGCAUGUAGUAGCCAUAUAUUUUACCUUAUAAUCUCCCAUAUGCAUUGCAUACAUUCUUUUUCCCAUGUGCUGUUUUAGUAACACUUUAUCCUUCAAUAUUUUGUUGAAGGAUGAACUGUUUAAUUGAUGAUGAUCCAUUCUUCACCACACUGUUGGAAAGUGAUGAAAUUGAUAUAAACAACCCCCCUAUGGGCAGUGCAAGUGUUGAUGUCCAAGCGACACAACCCCAAAGGGGAAAAAGGAAACAAAAAUCCCAGCGGGGUGUGUCAUUUACUGCAGAGGAAGAUACCAUCCUCGUUUCAGCUUGGCUUAACAUUAGUAUGGAUCCCAUACGGGGAACUGACCAAUCAUCUACACAAAUGUGGAGUAGAAUUUAUGAGGAGUAGAAUUUAUGAGUACUACUCCACAUAUAAAAAACUUAAUUGUCAAGAACGAUCUAUAGCUUCUUUGACCAAUCGGUGGUCAAUCAUUCAAAAAUGCCUCAAUAAAUUUUGUGGUAGCUUAGCCCAAGUUGAAGGAAUGCAUCCAAGCGGUGCAACUGAGCAGGACAAGAUUGAUAAGGCAAAAAUCUUGUACCGAGAGAACCUCAAACAUAACUUUACCAUGGAUAAUUGUUGGAAUCUAUUGAGGCACCAACCAAAAUGGCAAGCACACAUGGACCUCAUAAAAAAGAAAAAUGGGUCAAGUUCAGGUAUUACUCCAAACUCAAUACCUUUAGGAGAAGAAAUGGAAAAUGUGCCCGUCGAUUGUGAGAGACCUCCUGGAAAGAAAGCUGAAAAAGUAAGAGAGAAAGAAAGAAAAUGUAACGAAAGACAAAAUCUAGUAAUUAAGGAGGCCUUAAGCCAAAUGACAGAUGAUAGGAGGACUUGUAUGAUGGAGAGAAGAGAAUCACAAUUGAAGUAUGAGAAUGAAAGAUCUGAGUUACUAUUUCUUAAGAAGAUAAAACUUGAUUAG